CAAACGCGUCCUUGUUCCCGCCUCCAUCUGACGCCGCGUUCGUCACGACAACGACGAACUGUCAUGUCCGUGCACUCUUCCAGCGACGAGGAGAGCAUCUCCUCCGUUGGUUCUAUUGUAGGACCCUCUACCAAGGCUAAAGGCAAGAGAAAAGCCGCCCUCGACGACGACGAAGACGACAAACGCUUCAUUGUUCAAACCGCCUUCGACUCGUAUUUCCUCAGCACCUCAACGCGCUCUCAGACCUCUGCGAAUGUCUUUUCCAACCUAGUCGCGCCACUCUCUGCCGAGGAAUACGCCGAAGCCAUCGGUUCUGCGCAUUUCUACUCUACGGUGCAGUCAAAACUCGUCACGUCGAAGGUGGCGCGCGAUGAGCUCUUCACGCGUAUGAUGCUCGAGCUGCAGGAGGGCUUCAACGUGCUAUGCUAUGGCUACGGAUCCAAGCGCACUCUUCUAAAUCAGCUCGCAACGGAACGCUGCGCAAAGAAGGGCCACGUUGUGGUGGCGAACGCCUUCCGGCCACAUUUCACGAUGAAAGACAUGCUCGCGUCUAUCGAGCGCGUCCCAGGCCUCGCGGACUGGCCACUUGACUCGACGACAGUAGAGGGGCAGACGGCGCGGGUGGUGCGAUUUUUCAGCGAUCCCCAGACGCGCGAGCUCUAUCUCAUCGUCCACAACAUCGACGCCGCGUCCAUGCGCGCCCCGCGAGCGCGCUCUUGCAUCGCGGCGCUCGCUUCCUGCCCCAAAAUUCAUCUCAUUGCGUCCGUCGACCACAUCAACGCGCCAUUGCUUUGGACGUCGGCGGAAGCCACCACGCGGAAAUCGCCCAUCAUGACUGACGACGCCGACGCCACUGCUGUCCUCGGCGCACGCGCGUUCAACUGGCUGUGGCACGACGCAACGACGCUGCUGCCGUACGAUGCUGAGCUCGCUCACGUCGACCGCUCGUCGCUGUCUGCUGCGCACGGUGGCGGGCCUGCGCGGCGGGGGAAGGGGGCGGAUGCGGGGCCGGCGGCGGCGGGGACGAUGGUCUCGGAGACGGCGGCGCAGCAUGUGCUAGCGUCGGUGACGGCGAAGGCGAAGCGGCUCUUUGCUUUCAUGGCGGGACGGCAGCUGGAGAGUAUCGCGAACGGGGCGGAGGGAGAGGAGGGUGGCAAUACCAACCUCCAAGCGCACGCGAUACCGUACGAUGUUCUCUUCGCGGCCGCGCGCGACAAGUUCAUAGCGACGAACGACACGGCGCUGCGCGCGCUUCUCCACGAGUUUCGCGACCACGGACUUGUUGUCGGCGCGGGGUCGCCAGAGGCGUUGUGGAUUCCGAUGCGGAAGGAACGGUUGGCAAGCGUGCUGAAGACGCUUCCGGAAGAGAAAUAAGGGCGACCUAGACGGAUGGGGGAAAGGAUGUAAGGGGCGGUUACUGGGAACGCAGGGGACGACUGUCUGAUGCGAGGGACAGUCUAUCGAGGGCGAUCACUUGGGAAAUCAGAAUCGGCGUACGGAGAUCUUGAGAGUCAACAGACACGAUAUGGAAAAUCACAGAAGUAGUUCAUGACAUUGCCGAGGGGGUGUGAGGACGACAUCGUGGGACGGAGAUGAAGCAGAUCCUGGCACCGUCCUGUCUUAGCCCUUGGCGCAUUCAUACGCGGAGGUUGGUCAGCAGGCAGCCAUGUACUCCGCGGAGAACUUCUGUACGCG